CGGGCCAAGCGUCGCGAUGACAGGGGCCGAGGCCGCCCCCUCCCCGCCCCAGGCUGCCGCCUCGAAAGUGCCCGCUGCCUGCGAUGCCGCGACCCAGCGGCCUCCGCCGCGCCCCCACCUCGCCAACCCGUCCUCCGGCCGCGCGACGCCCGAGCACUUCCUCUUCCCUUCAAAGGUCGCUGCGCGCGCUCGCCUCACUUCCGCCCGAGACUGCCUCACUUCCGCCCGGGACCGCCUCACAUCUGGCCAGCGAGAGCCUUACAUUCGGCGAGGACACGCCUCACAUCCGCCCGGGGCCGCAUCUCGUACUCCCAGGGUUCCUGGGAAUUGUAGUUCGAGAGCCCCGCCGUUUCUCCCUGCCCUUUGCUUUCUGUCCCGGGGACCUUGUAGCUCCACGUCUUCAGCCUCUCUCUCUUGUCCCACGCUGGCUUUCCGUGGGCGCUCCGGGGCUCCGCGUCUCCUCCUCACCUCUCCAGUCCUCCGUCAUUGCCUAGGAGAAGCUGCCCGCCCGCGUCUCUGCGAUGCUGUCACCGCUCUGCAGUUUCACAGUGGAGCAUCCUUGGACAGCAGUUGUCAUUACCCUGUUAAUGUCACCUUUCCUGCUCGGGGUCACAUCCAUUGCAGACAGGCUGAAUGUGGAGUUUGCUUUGAUUCACAAAGAGAGGAAGAAGGCAAAUGAAGUGGACCGGAUGGUGCUGGUGGCGACAUGAAGGGUCGUGUGGCCAUCCUUGUGGAUGACAUGGCCGACAUGUGGUACCAUCUGCUUUGCUGCCGAUAAGUACGUGGGACAGUUCAGAAAAGCAUGAAGACAUCUUGCUCUUAAGCUGUGGUAAUGACGGUGUCUUUCUUUCCUCUGUCACUAGGCUUCUUGGGCUUGCUCUUUCAAUAUCUCUAAGCAUUCCUGGUAGAUGUCCCUCCUUACCCGAAGUCCCUCCUUGCUAAUCUGGCCUCAUCUAAGAAUAUGUCUGGAAAAGACUUUAAAAACAUCUAAUCUUUAUAAUCUCAUAAAGUAUUUAAGAAACUGUGUUCUCAAAACUUCCCUCAGCCAUGUUUACCUGCAUGCUGUCAAUAUUCUAAGGUGAACAGCCUAUGAGUUGCUUUGGGGUUUUUCUUCUCAAAGGUUUUUGUUUUUUAAGAUCAGUCAUUUUCCGUUUCCCCCAGUGAUUCAGAGGCACUGUCUUAUUGUAUUUAUUGGUUAUCACCUGGCUAAUUAUAAACUGUAUUUCUAAGA